ACUCCGUAUCCGUGUUUACCAAGGCCUAUACUGAGGUUUCUGACAUUGAACGGAACCGGCAUUGGCGCCACUUCCUCCUUUCUGUUUCUGGUUCUCAGCUAUAAAUGCAGCUUGUGUCACGUGCAGAGCGGAGUUUAAUUUCUUUGCGUUCCCUCGCCAUGAGAACACUUGCGGUUUCGCUGUUUCUGCUCGCUCUCUGCGCUUUAGGCUGUUGCGAAACGCAGCUGAACGGCCUUCCCGGAUGUACCAUCGACAAAUUGGAAGCUUGCGGAACUGACUACGUCAUAUACGCCAAUACCACAAAUUUACCAGUUGAAGGGGAAAGUUUCACCCAACAGUGCAGACUUAUAUUGGAACAACUUUCCUGUUCGAUAGCAUUCUGUCGACGCUGUCUUUCUGGAUUUCCCCGAGCGGUGGCGCUGCUGGGCCUCAGGUCUGCUGAAGAGUUCUACGAGGAAAGUUGCGACUUAUCCACGGACUUGUAUCAAAGUUACAAGGUACACGUGAAAUGCUUGAACAAGGCUGGAAAGGGACUCAAUGAGCGCUUGAAUAAAGUUCUUCAGAGACUGUACGCCAUCAAAGAAACUGUCCGUACACGGGAGAAGAUUGGACACGCUUGCUGCUUGUAUCCCGAAUUUCUUCACGAUACGGCGGCUAUCAUCAGCAAACAGUGUCCCGACCCUGAGGUGAAAGAGUUCUUCCACGGGUUUAUGGAACGCAUCUUUGGCGAGCUUCUCGGCGUAGCCUGUGGAAAGUACAGAGAAGGCUCCGAGAACUGCAGAAGGAUUCAGCCAGUUACACCCAGCGAAGCCGUGAAGGCCAAAGCAAAGAACUUUGUGGAACCUAUGCUGGACAUUGUUCAUUCCCUCGGGUCAAGAGGCAGAUGAGGGUCCAGCUGCGCCUGCAGUAUGAAACCUACUUACCAAAACAUCUUUUGUAGAUAGCUGUUCAAGGGCAAGCCCACCAUGCAACUAUCGUGUUUAUGCGAGCCGGACCAUUUAUGAUGGCCGACGGAGGUCGUAGUAAUCAUGUGACGGAUAUCCUCUUGCUCUUAAUCAUGGUGAUCAUAUUGGUUGGUCACUCGUUUUAUACUGCUGUGAUUGUAAUCGUACUGCAAUAGUGUGUAUCGAAUGUAAUUAUGCCAUCAUUUUUUAUGUCUGUUGUGAAUAAUCACUCUCAUGUAAGGUUGAACCAGGGGACCCAGUGCCAGCGCUGGGUUCAAAUAUCCUGGUAUAUUUAUUUUCAAAUAAAAUACAUAAUAAACGA